AUGCAAGGUUUCGGAGACUAUGGAAGAGCGACGGAUGGAUUGAUUCUGCGGAAGCUUUUGCUGAAGAUUGAGCAGGUUGGUCAGAGCUGUGCUCAAUUGCGACACGCCUCGGCAAAAAUGCUGGCAUUCGCGUCAGGCGAUAACAUCAGUCCGCCGAUUAAGUCAAGUAUUUCUAAGGAAAAGGAACAAGAACUACCCUUUUAA